UGUUUAUUUUUUAAUUGUUAUUAAUAUAAAAUAUUUUUAGAAAAUUAUAAAGUGGUUAUUUUUUAUAAUGCAUUUUAAAAAUUUCUUCUUACGUAUAUUUUGAAUUGCUUACGUAAGACUUCCUUCAUCGGGUUUGAGCCCCAUAUUAAUGGGAGAUAAAAAUAACGAAAAAGUUUCUUUCAGUUUAUUCAAAAAAAUUCGAAACACGUUAGAUUCUAUUAGACAUCAUCGAGAACAGAUACAACGUCGACAGAGUAGAAUGUCAAACAGAAGUUUGGAACAUUUCAUGCAUUGUAACAAUUGUAAUAAAUUAAUGGAAGACUAUUUAGAAAAUUCCGAUGAAGGAAAAAAACACGAACAUUUACGUAAGAGUUUAGUUCAAAUUCCAAACAAGACUAAAUGCCCUUCUUCUGUAGAGGAUUUUUUUGAUAUUUUGCCUAUUUCUACUAUCGAUAACACACUCUGUAGACGCAAUGAAAAUUACCCUCGUUGUAGCACCUGUUUGGAUGACAAAGAAAAGUAUUCUUUUCUUGACAGCAAGAUUUCCGAGAGAAGUAUACAUUCUGAGAAUAACGAUAAAAUUGCAACAAACGAAGAAGGUGAUGAGGAUGAUAACGAUGUUUAAGAUGUAACCAAUAAUAUUUACAUAAUUCGAAGAAAUGAUUUUUGGAAAUUUGAAUUUCAAAAUUUUAUAUUCUAAAAUGAAAAAAAAAACUAAUAAAUGGAAUACUUAAAAUU